AUGGAUGAAGAUGGACCUGUCUGGAAGAAGACCUUUCGUUGCCGGGAAGAAGAUGAAUCGUCGGACUUCAUCAAUGGUAAGAAUUUUGCCCCAGAAGGGAAGACAAGCCAGUGCUCCGUGUAUCACCGGCUGGGGGUAUCACAUCAUGGCAAUGAUGGCAACCGGGAAGGAGUAUACAAACUGGGAUCCUGCAUAUUAACUCGGAGUGAGCCCUCUCCCUGGUGGAGAUUAGAUUUUAAUGCUCCCAGGACAGUUGGAGCUGUGGUUAUUGUGAACAGACAAGACUGCUGCUGGCAACGCCUGAUAGGAGCUGAGGUCCGUGUUGGUGACUCCCCAGACAACAACAAUCCAGUGUGUGGUAUUGUCACAGAAGCAGAAGCUGGACUGGUCACCACAUUCUGCUGUGAUGGGAUGGUAGGUCGUUAUGUCAGCGUGGUCAUACCAGGUCGUGAAGACAUACUGAACCUGUGUGAAGUGGAGGUUUAUCCAGAGGGGAAGAUAAAGCAUUGUGCAUAG